AUGGAUCCACCGCUGCCACCGUCUUCCGGUCCUCCCGACGACGAUCCGGUAAGUGGAACCCAUCGGUUGAAUUCUCCCGCGCCCCUAACACCCCCUUUCCCGCGUCCCUGGCACCCCUGGCUCAUUCUUCCUUUGUUCGUUCCACUUAGGUGCCACCACCACCACCACCAUCGUCACCACGCCGCGACGCCAGGCCAUCGCAGGUAAAAAAUCCUUUUUUUCGUGCAUGACAUGGGACUGGGCCGUGAUGUGAACCUGAGCCCACCCGGUUUGGUCGAAGACAAACCGGGUCAAGUCAGUCCCAAACGCCGUUCUUUCUCGACUCAACGGGAUGUCUUGCGUGAUGGAGACCUUGUGCUCCAAAGAAUCCGACACCUCGUUUUUUCUCCGUCUCUCUUUGCUGAAUUUUUCAGGGUCGUCUUCCAGUGGGCUGUGAUACCUUGUCUACAAGGUGGAGUCCACGUUGCUCCCUUUCCCCUGUUUUCCCUUACGGUAUGGAUUUCUCGUUGGCACCUGUUUUAGAAGCUGUCUCUGUUUUUUUGGUAUUUUUUUAUUUUCUGGCCGGUUUUUUCUCAUAGGAGGAGCAGGUUUUCGCUGUUGACCUUCUUGGCUGUCCUCAUCCACUGCUUUUUUUUCUUCUUGCUGGCCAAGAACUCUCUCCCUCUCAAUCCGUUUUGCGCCACUUGGGGGUAUUGUCACCUUUUCUUGAUCGUCUCCUAGCUUGGUGAUCGGACCAUGUCCCUUUGACGAUUCUCCUCUGGAUGGCUUGACUGUCAUUUAACACUGGGAAGAUGACUGGCCCUUUGAAAAAUGAAGGUCCAAAAGCUCCCUCGGAAUGUGACCCAAGGUUAGGGUGAACUCCUUGCCACUUCCAGUAACAGCCAGACGAUUGAUCUUUGGUGGCCUUUGAAAUGACGGCGUGUUGAGUCUCUCUCUCGUCCUCGGUAUGACUGUCCUUGGUGCCAUUGUCUUUGCCAAGGGGUGCAUGUCCUGAGGCCGGGCAAGAACGAGCUUUACAGACCCACCAGAACAAGCAUGGUUACUCCAGACAUCCACAGCUUGGUUGCCUUGGUAAUGGUUACAGGACCACCUGAAAAACCUGUCGGCGAAAAUCCCUUGUGAUCGGUUUGAGAUGCUGUUGGAUAGCUUGGAGCGUUCAGAGUCAUCCUUGCAGUUCCCCCGGUUGCGACCACACCCUUGCUGUCAUCUUGUAGACGGUUGUUCGCCGAGCAGAAGUCGUCAAGCUGCGAGGACUUCACAGGCCUGAUGUUCGCUUUGCCAUCACUGUACCCAUCUUUUCCUAGAGAAGUGGUUUCGUCUGAAUGGGGUCACACCACCACAGAGGAUACAGGGUUUGGUGAUGACAACAUCCUUUCCAAGGGGAGUGGUAUUGCAACAGUGACUCGUUCCAGGGGUGUUUCCGUGUACUGGGAGUGGUCUUGCUUCAGUGACAGGUCCCCAACUUGUCAGCCUGAACCAAGUGGACUUGACAUCGCAGCCCUCCCCAGGUAGUAUGCCUUGUACCAUCAGUCUACCUUGUCCUAGGGACCAUCAGUCCAUGCGUUCGUCUGUGCUUUCCUCACAAGGACACAUCCUGUCGAUUGGCUUCUUUGGUGACUUUUUUGGUAGUGGUACUCAAUGGCCUUCUGUAUCCAUCCCUGAUGGAUCCUCGAGCACGUGACGUGUCUUGGGCGAAACAUCGGCUUCUUGGUGCUUCUUGGAUGGAUAGCUCUCUCUCUGUUUGUGCGCUCUCGCAUGCGUUUUCCAUGGCUUGUCCUUGUCCCGGAAGAAAUGGAAGUGGAGGGACGUCCCUACAGAGAAAGCCUGACGAGUCGAACGCGUUGUGUUUGGGGGAACACUGUGGCCCAUGUCGUCUUUGGAUGGACACUGAUGACACCACUCCACGAGAACCAGAAAGACCUUUCCAUAGCCUCUCGUGCGAAACCAAGCAAGCCCAUUCCACCUCCAUCCGUUUUUUGGGUGGGACAUCUGUUCCAGCCUUUCUUCAUCAGUUGGUGUGUUGACUGCUUGUUCUGCAAAUGUCACCAGACCCAAGCAAGUCUUUCGUCAGUCACUGGCAUAGGUUCCUGAAUCAUUCAUUUUCACUGCCACAGGGUUCCUGAUUCAUUCCAGCUGCCCUUGUUUUGACUCGUGGAAGUUCGUCAUCGAGGUCCAUUGGACUGUCAGAGCUCCAUUGGUUUUGUGGGAUAGGGAGAUUUUCCUGGGCUUUGCAAGGUAGGUCACUGCACGAAACCACCCCCUCCUUGUGUGGUAUGGAACAACAUGGUGUUCGUGCAUACCUGUCUUUUCCUCUACAAGACACCUACUUUAGUAGGUACAGGUGAGUUGGUUCUACUUCGUGUUAGUUGUCGAUGGAAGCUGUCGACGAUGGUGUCUAUUGGGUUGGAUCUGAUUCUUCCAAUGUUGGUCUGCCGGUACCAGCUGCUCCCCGAGUUUAGGAGAGGUGGGUUGCUUUUGAAAUCGCUUUUCCUCCUUUGGCGGAGGAGACCGUCGAUCCUUCAUGAACGCCUUUCCUCCUUGCUGUUAAGAUCUCUGGUCUGUGCUUUUUUGUGAGUCCGACGAGUCAUCCAAGCUCUGACAUGGACGUAAGCCCUGCCUCCUUUAUCAUCAGCAGCAUUUGACUUGGAGUUCACGGGCAAGUUGGAGUUCAAGGACAAGUGGGUGGUUUGGACUUCCCCGUUCGAGGGAUUUUCCCUCUGCAGCUUGGACCUUUCAUGACGCUGGUUUCGUCUGUUGAUUUGGCAGGUAGGAAGGGGAAAACCCUCUGCUUCUUUGGCAUCGUAUGUGUGUGAACACUUUUUCUGUUGGGCGUGGCAGCAGAAUCAGUCGACCUGAAGGUCUCUCUUUGGCGGUGAUAUCAGGUUAGGGUCACUGGGACUUGAGAGUCCUCCGUUGACUCGGGUCAGCUUGCCGAGGUUUACCCAAUGGCUGACACUCGUGUUUAGGGUGGGUUUCUCCUAACUUCCUUGAGUUGUUUUAUCCCUGGGUAUUGGCACGACUGGCAUGAGCCACGUGGGUGUGUAUUGCUGUUGUGGUAUGCCUGUUCUGAACAUGGUUGUACCUCCAUCACCUGCACUAAGUUCCUGGGGAAAGGAGCUUGGCCACCCCAAGUGUCUUGGUGGUGUGUUCUGCGUGUCAGGGCAUAUCUACUAGGUUUGUCAACUGAAGGCUCUUGGGAGCGUCGGUCUGCCGGUUGGAGUAUUUGAGGCAAUUGGCAUCUCAGUCAUUCCAGGUUUGACCCCCAGUUGUACUGUUGUGCCAAGUCACCCUACGCUUUGUAUUUCUCUUCCCCCUCUAUUCCUCCAUGUUUUCUACUUGUUGAUCCAUUUGAAUUUGGUCUGCGUCCUGUUUCCCACGUUUCUUUCUCGCACUUUGGCCAUCACCUUCCUCCAUCUUUUGCCCUCCAUUUUUUCCCCCUCUUUUUGUCUCUCACACCAUUCCCUUCCCUCUCUUCACAUGGUUACUCCCCACUUUUCCCUCUGUCGUUCCAUCCACUGAUGCAUUGUCUUUUUCUCGGGACUAACUUGACUCGGUUUCUUUUUUCUCAAACCUUCAGGGCACCUCCAGCGAGUCGACCCCGGACAGCGACGAACUGAACAGUCGACGCCAAUUGCAGUGCGAGGAACGUCUGCCGACCACCGGCAGCAGCAGCGACGACGAAGCGUGUCUGCAAGCGCUGCAAGCCGCCGAAGGACAAUCCGGUGGCGAGCUGCGGUUCCAACUCACUCCCUACACCGUCCGUCACCGCCCCUCGUUCGGCGUCACCUGGCAAACGUUCCGGGCACGACUGCAAGGACAACCCAGCUCGGGCGACGCCUCGGAGGAAGUGAUUCGCGCCCUGGGCCAAGCCAUCCGAGACCAAUCGCGGCCGUGGCACGACGACGAUUAUUUACAGAUCUACCUGGGAUCCAACCGCUUGGCCAAUAAUUUUACCAGUGCUCGCGUACGCGUGAGAGAUUGGCGACACACGCAAGGUCCCGCGCGGCAUCUGCUCGAACAGAUGACGGCCCUCUUGAACUUCAACGAGGACUUUGCGGUGGACGAUACGUUUGUGGUGGACUUGACCUACGUGCGCCCACCGCGCGGCACGGGCCGUCGUAAACUCGGGUCCGACGCCUUCGUCAAUAUGGUGAAGAGUAAAAACAGUUGUAUCGAGAUCACCAACAAGGACGAUCUCUGCUGCGCGCGGGCCCUGGUGACGGCACGAGCCUACCAACACAAAGAUCAAAGUAGUCUCCACAUGAGCGAAUACACGACCAUCCGACACGGGCGGGAACUCCAAAAGACCAAAGCCCGCGAAUUGCAUCGAUUGGCCAAAGUGCCCGAAGGGCCUUGCGGGUUGCCCGAAAUACGCGAAUUCGAAAAAGUGUUGCCCGACUACCAAGUCAUCGUGGUCUCGGCCGAUCACGGGAAUGCCAUCGUGCAUUGCGGCCCGACGGCCCUGCAUCAACUCAUUCUCUUAGCCCACCAGGGACAUUACGACGUCAUCACCAAAUUGAACGCGUAUUUUGGCGCGAACUACUUUUGUUUACGGUGCCGCAAAGGGUACAAGACCAGGGACUUUCAACAUCAUAGGUGUCCCGGCUUCAAGUGUUACUGUUGCCAACAAACGGACUGCUCGGACUUUGCCACCCACCCUGCCCGAGACGCCGCCACCGAACUGCGUCCCCAUUGUCAUCGCCGUUUCUUUGGCCCUCGGUGCCUCGAACUCCACACCAUUCGUUCUCCCAGCGGCGAGAGGGCCCACCCGCUGACCUUCGACAACGUGUGUGCCCAACUACGGUGUUGCGGGCACUGCGGACGCACCUUCAAGAGUUACCAGGCCUUUCUCAGCCACGUCUGCGGCUAUCAACCGUGCUACAAUUGCGGGCACACGGUGGACGUGUGGGACCACAAAUGUUUCAUCCAGGCCAUCCCCUUACGUCGAGGCCCCAAAUGCAAACACCCCACCAGUACCAACCAGCCGGGACCCGUGCCCGAGGAACAGUCCAUUGUCAAAAUCUUUUUCGAUUGCGAGUGCAUGCAGGAAGGAGGGGAGGCGCAUCGCGUGAACCUGGUAUGCGCCGAGACCAGUCUGGACGAUCAACGCUACCAGUUUCCGUCCAUGCAAGACUUCUUGGCCUGGGUGUGGAACCUGAGAGUGACGGACCCCGCGCGCCGCCCGUUCGUGUUGAUCGCGCAUAAUUUCCAGGGGUACGACGGCUACCUGUUGCUCGAGGAACUGUACAAACAAGCGGUGGUACCUUCGCAGAUCGUCAACGGGGCCAAACUCCUGAGCGUCUCCAUCCCUGGCGGCAUCAAAUUCAUCGACAGUUUGAACUUUUUUCCCAUGGCCCUGGCCUCGUUUCCCCAGACUUUCGGCUUGCGGGAGGAAGCCAAGGGGUUCUUUCCCCACUUCUUUAACAUCCCCACCUUGCAGCAGUACGUGGGGGCCAUGCCGGACAAACAGUAUUACGAUCCCGACGGCAUGAAACCGGCCCGUCGCGCCGACUUCGAACGAUGGUACGCGGAACAAGUGGCGUCCCAUCGCGUGUUCAACCUGCAAGCCGAACUGUUGAAAUACUGUCAGUCCGACUUCAGGAUCCUGAAACAGGCGUGUACCCUAUUCGAGCGCGAAUUCAGGGGCAUUUGCGGGUUCGACCCCUUCGAACAAUGCAUCACCAUCGCCUCGGCGUGUAACGUGGCCUACCGUUGCCAUUGGAUGCGGCCUAGAACCCUGGCCGUCGAAAACCUGCACGGCUGGCAUCCGCAGAUCCGUCAAUCGAGAGCCGCCUUGGAAUGGUUGUACCACCUGGAACGCAUCCUGCCCCAACCCACGGACGGGGAACCCCGCCUACGCCACAGUCGUAACGGAGGCGAAGUGCUGUUCCGGAUCGGCGAGCAUCGCUACCACGCGGACGGCUACGAUCCGCGCACCGGCUUCGUGUACGAAUUCUACGGGUGUUUCUACCACGGGUGCCCCGAAUGUUUUCCCCAGCGGCACGCCAAACUCGACGGGGCCACGCCCCACGAACUGUACACGCGCACGGUCCAACGGGCCGAACGCAUUCGUCAAGGCGGUCACGUGGUGAUCGAAAAAUGGGAGUGCGAGUGGGAAACCCAAAAGAGGGAGGAUCCCGAAUUGCGGUUGUGGGCAGAGACCCUGGAUCUGGUGACGCCCCUGGAUCCCCGAGACGCCUUCUUCGGCGGACGGACCGAAGCCGUGCGAGCCCACUGUCAGGCCCAGCCGGACCAACACAUCUCCUACGACGAUUUCACGUCCCUGUACCCGUGGGUCAACAAGAAUUACAAGUACCCCGUGGGCCAUCCCGUCAUUCACACGCAGUUUACCUGCCAGACACCCGAAGACUGGGACCGACUGGUGCGCCAUCAAUCGUACGGGCUGGUCCAAUGCCGCGUCCUGCCGCCUCACUACCUAUUUCAUCCCGUGCUGCCCGUCCGCGUGGCCGGCAAGUUGCUGUUUCCCCUGUGCGUCCAAUGCGCCCGACAGCAAGUGCCCCUACCCUGGACGGAACGCACCCACAUCUGCGACCACACCCCUCGCGAACGAGCCUUCGUGGGGACCUGGUGCACGCCCGAAUUGGUGCUGGCCUUAGACCAAGGGUACGUGAUUCUCCACAUCUACGAACUGUGGAACUUUCGUCAGACCUCCACCACCCUGUUCAGGGAUUACAUCAAUACCUGGAUCAAGGUGAAACAGGAAGCCGACGGUUGGCCCUCCCCCGAAGUGGAAAAAGAUCCCGCCUUGCAAAUCGAGUACCUGGAAGAGUUUCGGCGCGUCGAAGGGGUGAUCCUCGACCCGGCCAAGAUCGAACGCAACGAGGGUCGACGCACGCUGGGUAAAUUGAUGGCCAACAGUUUCUGGGGCAAAUUCGGCCAACGCACCAACAAGACCCAACUGACCACCUGCAAGGACCCCGAGACCUUCUUCGACAUCUUUCUGGACGGCGAACGCGACAUCCAUCGCAUCCUGCCGGCCGGCGAACAGAUGAUCGACGUGUACCACUCGUUCAAGGAAGACGUGGGCGAACUGGGCACCAACACCAACAUCUUCGUGGCUGCCUUCACCACGGCCCACGCAAGGGUCAAACUGUAUCACGACGGGCUGCUCCCCCUGCACACCCGCGUCCUGUACAUGGACACGGAUUCCGUGGUGUACUUGGCCACCCAAGGCGAGACCCACCUGCCGCGAGGACGUUUCCUGGGCCAAUUCAAGGACGAACUGAAAGGCGACGUCAUCGACGAAUUCGUGGCCGGCGGACCCAAAAAUUACGCCUACCGCACCCGUUCGGGACAGGAAUGCUGCAAGGUGGGCGGCUUCACCCUCGACGCCCGGGGACAAGCCGUCCUGAACUUCGAGAGUGUUCGAAACCUGGUGCAAAAAGACAUCGAGGAACCUCUCGAUCGUCCCAGAACGCUGUCCGUCGGCAACCCCCAUCACAUCGUGCGAAACGUCACCGACAAGACGCUCCAUUCCGUGCCGCAACUCAAGACCUACUGCAUGGUCCAAGACAAACGGGUGCUGGAUGCCAGUACCGGCAUGACGUACCCCUACGGCUAUCGACCCAGUCAGGACAUCGUGGACGACAUGGUCCUGUCCAUCCUGUUCUCGGACAUCGACUCCACCCUAGAAGAAGACGUGGAGGACAUGCCUUUCAUUUCAGAACCGUGCCCAUUUUGA